AUGUCUGACGUCGAAGGUUUCGAGGUCGUUCAGCACGACGAGGUCCCCGUCCAGGCAAGCUCGCCCUCGCCUGCACCUGCGCCUGCUGCCGAGGAGCCCGCGGCUGAAGCUCCUGCCAAGGAUGCUGCCGCCGCGGCCGCCACCGCUCCGGUGAAGAAGACAGCCACAGCCACUGGCGGUGUCCGUCGUCCCGUGGCCCCCGGAACCAAGCCCACGACCGCCACGACGAGCACCACCCGCGCCAGUGGUCUGACCAAGCCUCCCACGCGACCCCCCGUGCCGUCUACCAUCCGACGCCCCACGACGGCUUCCUCGACCGCCACCCACCGAUCCCGCCCUAGCGUAUCUGCAUCCGAAGACGAGACCAAGAAGCCCGCCACCUCGGCGCUGCGCCGUACCUCGGUCGCCCCAGGCACCACGGCCGCCAGCUCCCCCGGCAAGGAGAGGACCUCGAGACUGUCCACCGCCAGCUCCACCACCGCUGCUGCUAGGAGGCCGACCAGCACCGUCGGCAGCGGCAGCACCGCCACUGCUCGCACGACGACGACCCGACCUACGACGACGUCCUCGACCACGUCUCGGCUUACGAGGCCGACGACCGCCAGCAGCAGCGCCACCACCGAUGCCGCGAAAAAGCGCCUCUCCACUGCGGGACCUGCCACGUCCACCACGGCCACCAGAACGGCUCGCACAUCUCUGCGCCCAGGCAGCUCCGGUGCCGGCGAGGCGUCAGCCAAGGAGAUCGAAGAGCUCAAGGCCAAGCUGGCCGAGAAGGAGUCCGAGGUGACCGAUCUCAAGGCCCAGGUGGAGCAGUCCCACGAGAAGCUAGCGGAGCUGGCGGACCAGACGCCCCAGGCGGCUACGCCCGUUGAGAGCAACGCUGAUGGCGCUUCGGAUGUGGCCCAUCAAGCGAACGACGAGGAAGUCGUGGCGCUCAAGGCUAAGGAGGAGGAGCUGGAAGCCCAGCUUGUCGAGACGAAUGAGAAGCUCGCUGCUGCCACGGAGGAACUCGAGAAGCAGAAGCAGGAGUACAAGGAGGCCGUCGCUGCGAGGGAGGCAGCGGAGACUGAGCUCGCCACUGUCAAGGAAUCCAUCGAGACGCUGCAGGGCGAGCACGAUGCUAAGCUCAAGGACGGCGAGGCUCAGCUCACCAAGGCCACGGCAGAGCACGCUUCCAAGAUGGAGGAGCUGCAGGCUUCGCUCGCCCAGCAGCACGAGACGGCUCUAGAGGGCCUCAAGUCGCAGCACGCAGACGAGUUGGCUCAGGGCAAGGCUUCCUCGACGGAACACGAGGCGGCGAUCACCGCCAUCAAGAUUAACCAUGAGGCGGCCAUUGCAGAGCUGCAGAAGAAGAUUGACAGCCUGACGGCUUCGCAGGCGGAGGUGGAAUCUGCUCAGGAGACGAAGCUGCAGGCCGCCGAGGAGGCCCAUCAGGGCAAGAUCGCCACGCUUGAGGCGGAUGCCGCCUCCUUUUCCGCCAAGCUCGAGGCCGCGGAGAAGGCUGCCGCGGAGGCCAAGGCUGACCUGGAAGCCAAGACGGCCGAGCUGUCGACCCUGCAGGCCAGCGUUGCUGGUGUUGAGGCGCAACUCGAGGCUGCCAAGGCUGAUGCCGCCAAGGCUCGAGAGGAGGCCGAGGCGCUGCAAAAGCAAGUCAGCACCCUAGUCGAGGAGAACAGCGCCAAGGAGGAGGCACUUGCCAAAGUCAAGGCCGACCAGAAGGCCAUUGUCGCGCGGCACGAGGAUCAGCUUCACCAGGUUUCACAGGACUACGAGGCGGAGAUUGAGAGUCUCAAGGGCGACGCGCACUUCAAACGCCAGUUCACUGCCCUCGAGAUCAAGUACAAGGAGCUCGAGGCGUCGCACGGCGAGCUGACGCAGACGCACGGCGAUUCUGAGUCUAGCCAUGCCAAGGCUGUCGAGGCGGCGAAGGCGGAGCACGCUGCUGCCGUUGCCGCACUUGAGGCGAAAGAGGCCGAACACAAGCAGGCGCUGGAUGCUCUCCGGGCCAGCCACGCGGAGGAGCUCGAGGUCGCGAAGAACGGAGCCAGUGCAGACAAGGACACGCACCUCACGGAGCUGCAGUCGCUCAAGGACAGCCAUGCUGAACAGCUGGAGACAUUGAGGGCUCAGGGCGAGGCUUCCCUUGCCAAGGAGAUUGAGGCGCUCAAGGCGUCGCACGACGAGAUCCUUAAGGGCAUCGAGUCCAGCAGCACGAGCGACAAGCAGCAGCUCAUCGCCAGCCACGAGAGUGAGCUGGCCGCGGCCAAGCAGAAUGACGAUACAGCGCAUGCGGCCGAGGUUGAGGGUCUGAAGAAGCAGCUCGAGGAGGCUCUGGCCCAAGUCAAGGCCGCUGAGGCGGCGAGCGCGGCAGCCCUCGAGGCGGCGAAGAAGGACCUUGAGACGACGCACUCGGGCGAGGUGGAGAAGCUCAUCAUGAGCCAGCUUGAGGACCUCAAGGCGGCGCACGCCAAGGCCGUCGCCGACCUGACCAAGGAGCACGAGACCAAGGGCACCUCUCUGACCGAGGCGCUCGCCCAGCAGAAGCUAGCACUCGCCGAGCUGCAGACUGCUCUCGAGGUCGCCGAGGACAACCUUGCGCGUCUCGAGGCCGAGAAGUCUCAGGUCGAGGAGGAAAACGGCGAGCUGGGCCAGCAGUUGGCGACGGAGAAGAUGGCGCGGUUCGAGGCCGUCGCCGCGCUCGACGACGCCAAGAACCAGAAGGCCGACACGUCCGAGCUCACGUCGCUGCAAGCGACCAAGGCGAGCCUUGAAAAGGAGCUCCAGGUGGUGCAGGCCAGCCUCGUGGCGGCGGAGCAAAAGAUGCAGGGUCUCGAGGCGGACGUCCUGACGGCACAGAAGGAUCUCGAGGCCACUCGUCUCGAGGCGGAGGCCCGCGACAAGACGAGCAAGGUCGACUACGAGGAGAUGCACGACAGCCUCACCAAGGUGGCGGAUGAGGCGCACGCACAAAGCAAGGCCUACGAGGCGCAGCUGGAGGAGCUCAAGACGGCGGCGCUGGAGAAGCAAAAGGCCGUCGAGGAGCUCGAGGCGCAGCUCAAGGUCAAGGAUGCGGAGAUUGCCGAAGUCAAGGCCAACGCUACCAAGCCCAAGGGACUCGCGGCGAGCCGGUACGCCGACGCGCCGGGUGACGCGGACGGCAAGACGGACGAGGAAGGUGAGGACGAAGACCACUCCUCGGCGGCUCUGGCCAUGUUGCAAAAAGCUAGAGUGCACGCGCGACAGAUUGACAGCAUGGACCGCGACAUGAAGGAGAGGAACCUGGCCAUGCUGGAUUCGAUCACAGACUUUCAGACGCCGCCCCUGCGCUCAUGA